UCCGCUAUCCAUCUUGGACUAUAUCUUGAAUGCGACUUCACCGCGUCUUGCACGACACAUCCCAACUGUAUGAGCCUGUACUAUUUCUGGCGCAACGCUUUGUUCUCCCCCAUAGAAAUUGAGUAUACCACCACAUCACCCGAAAAGACCAUUCCGAAGCGCAUCAUCGGUAUGAAAAUUACAAUCAACGACCAUGGGGAUUCAGGUUACCGCCCUCUCCCCACCCCGACCACUCGGUUCCAGUCCGAUAUUCCAUCGCCUUCCCAAAUCUCCCCUGACCCAGCUCAAUCUCUUCUGAUUGCGGAGUCCCAGUCACGCCGCAUUCAAAAGGACCUCAUCAUUCUUUGCAGUUUUCCCGACAACACAACGCUGACUUGGAGGCCCACAUGGUUCCCCCCUCUCCCCCCAAACAAUACAACUGGCUUGUGGACGCUGCACAACCCACCGCAAGUAGUCACCGAUGCGCUUCCGCGCGUGACCGGACAAGUUUAUAGCUUAAUGACGAGGCGGAUGCGGAAGAAUGGAGAUCGCGCGGCGGCGUAUAUCCAGAAUGAAAGCGACUGGCAGAGGUAUUGCGAGGUAAAUGGCGUUCCAACGUCGUUUUUGAACGAGCAAAUGAUUGCGUUUAUGAGGUUGGGCUUGGAGAAGGACGGAAAUGAUGCGCCGAAAGCGCCUCCCGCAUGGCCGCGAUACCCCGAGCCCCAGCUCUAUCGCUACAUCCUCCCCGGCUCGAGCAUCAAGAAUCUCCCCCGCAAAUUCAGGUGCGUCGAUCCGGAAUACCCGCCGGAUGGGGAACGGAUCGUGGUCUACCCAGACGGCGCGCUCGAAGUGUGCUGGGCGAAAGAUGUGGAGAAGGGCGUGCCGAUGCUGCCAAUUGGCAAGCAUUGGAGUUAUGUUCCUUGGACCGCGCAGCAGGAGGAGAGUAGCCAGCCUAGGGUUUUGAGGCUGCAUUUGUGA